AUGGGUGAUCAAGUCUCCGAACAAACUACCACGUUCGGGAUGCUUUGGACCGAAGGAGAAACACCGGCAGUUAGAGCACUCGAAGAGAACAUGGUUUCCUACUUCACCGUGCUGCAAGGUCUCGCUCUGCUUUCGCAUGGGAGUAGGGUGGGUGCAGGACCUACCCUUUCCUCUUGUAUACAUGCAUCUGUGAAGCGUGCUGUUGACACCAGUUGUAAGCUGUCAAUCCCGCAAUCGUUUGGUGCACAUGAUACGAAUAUUACAGCGAUUGGGCAAGCAAUGACGCAGGUUGCAGUUUCCAUGGAAGAUGUUGUGCGUGAGAUGAAUAAGCUUAACCCGACACCUUCCGAAGGCCAGGAAGACUCACAGACGCAUUUCAACUUGUUUGAAGGUUUUAGUAUUGUUGAUUUUUAG